GCUUUUAAUGGCUCCAUUAGGGGCAGUAACGUAGCGGCUCUUAGAGCCAGGAUGAGCCUCUACCUCCCUCAACCCGUGGUGUACAAGACGCAUCCUUUUCUGCAUUCUUCUUCCUUUACUCGUUGUCCAAGUCAAGUCCACGUUCUUCUGAUUGGGUGCGUUUGUUAUUCCGCUUGAAUUGACCGCGUGGAGAUUGGCUGCGGAAUGGUGUACGUCAUCCAACUAGAGGAGGUUUACUUGGGAUUUUCAUUCUUUCACUGACACAUGCAGAGCAGGCGACCGUUGGGGACUAAGUAGUGGUGUAGCGGUGUUCGCAGAACAGGAGAGAGGCGGUAGACUUCUAUUGGAACAUUUUUGUGCGUGCUUCAUACACAAACUGCCGGAGUCUUCUGUGGAAAUUAUUGCUUGCGUAAAACAGAUCAUCCUGCCUUGGACUGGCCUCUGAUUCCUAAAGAAAACAAGAGAGAAGGCGAAACGGUGGCGUCACGAGUGGAAAUACUAUAUGAAAACUCAAUUUGCUUUACUUCGUUUUUGUAGUCAGUCACAGCAGCCUAUUUCGGAGGACGGGGAUCGCGAUUUCAGGGACCGCUGCAGAACAGUCUCACGUGUGUCGUUUGAUUAAUAGACUAAAUUGAUUAAGAUAAUUUCCGCAAUAGACUCGUUUUCUGGACUGCUUGUACUCUUCAUUUUGUCGACCGACGUAGCCCAAGCUUAUCCCUAUACCUAGUUGCCCAUAACAUUUUUAGGAAAUCUACGUGUCAUACAGAUUCAACCAUUACUCUCAAAAGGGACAAACGAGGGACCAUGGUGAACCCUGGAGGCAACAGCCAGCCCCCUCCUGUGGGAGUAGGGUCCCUGUCUUGGAAGCGGUGUGCAGGCUGCGGGGGGAAGAUUGCUGACCGCUUCCUCCUCUACGCUAUGGACAGCUACUGGCACAGCCGAUGCCUUAAAUGCUCCUGCUGCCAGGCUCAGCUUGGGGAGAUAGGCACCUCCUGUUACACCAAGAGCGGCAUGAUCCUCUGCAGAAACGACUACAUAAGGUUAUUUGGGAACAGUGGGGCGUGCAGUGCUUGUGGUCAGUCCAUUCCAGCCAGUGAACUGGUCAUGAGGGCACAAGGCAAUGUGUACCAUCUCAAGUGUUUCACAUGUUCUACCUGUCGGAACCGGCUGGUCCCAGGUGACAGGUUUCACUACAUCAAUGGCAGUCUGUUCUGUGAACACGACAGACCCACAGCACUCAUCAAUGGCCAUUUGAGUUCACUGCAGACUAACCCAUUACUGCCUGACCAGAAGAAAUCGAGACUCAUCAGACCAGGCAACAUUCUUCCAGUCUUCAACUGUCCAAUUUUGGUGUGUUAGGAGAAAGGUGUGCAAGAAGUAGGUUGCGUGCCUUCAUUUGAACCCUCGCCCAUUGUCACACAAGACUUUUUUGGAUCACCUUCCUGCCCUUCUGGCCCAGGCCCUCGGCUCUCCAGGCCCCCAGACUCUCACCUGAGCCCCAAGUCAGCUACUUCAAUCUAUCAAUGACCCUGCUUCUCCCAGAACAAUACCCACCAUUGCACCCACCCAUACCUCCCCUUUAUGGAUACUCUUGCACAUGUGAUGCGGCUGAGAUAAAAUUCUGAGGACUCCAUGACUCUGACCUUGGACUAAAAGGAGACUUGAUCAAAAAUGGAGAGACAAAUAAUAAAGAGAGGAAGAGGAUCUGAGAACAGAUGGACAAAACCCUAAAAUGAUAGAGCGUUUUUCUUCCUUGUUUCCUUUUUCUAUCUUUCUUUCCUUACAACAAGAAUAUUUCCUUGUUACAUAUUUUAAGUGUUGUAAAGGGAAUAUGUUUUGAUUUUGGUGGUGUAUAAAAGAAGACUGGGUUAAGAAGUAUCCGUGGCUUUUUGUGAAAAACAAAAAUACAAUGUAUUUGUUAAACUACCAUUUAUGUAUGCAUGUAAAUGUGUUUGUCCCAACGUGGCUACAGUACAUGCUGACAGCCUAAAUGAUGGGAAACACUGUUCUGAACAAUGGCUAAAAGUAGUGGUUUGCCGCAAUGUUAACAAGCUAUCACCUGCUGAAUGAUAAUGAACAAUGGUGAUUUUAAGUAAUCAGGAAAUGAACAGAAAUUGAUGGCCAAUGUUCUGGUCAGAGGGGAUAGGGCGACAACUCGCUGCUUUUAUUUGUUCACCGGCAAGAUGUAUUUUGUCUUUACCCGCACCUCAACACCCCAUAGCUAAACAAAAUAAACAUGCUCAUAGUCAAUAAUGUAGACAUUUUCACCAACCCUAUAAAAGCUGAAUGAAAGAGAAAUCUAUUUGUGAUAUUUUCAGAGACAUUUUCUCCUCUAUGGUGUAUUUAAAUAAUAAAACAAUUAGGAAAAUAAAAGCCUUUUCAAUUUC